CCAACCACACGCUCUCACCCAUUCAUGGGGACGUUUUGUAGUGUUCCUUGUAGAAUUCCACCAGAAGAUGAGCGCAUGGUUCUAAGGGGGUGAAAUGUGAGGAAGAAAUCAGAAACAACAGAGUACACUAAUGCAGUGAACUCUCUGAAAUUAUAUGUUCUCACAAAACACACACAUUUUAUUGGAUAUACAUACAAACAGCAAAUUAAAUUCAUGGUGGUUCUAAGCUUCCAGACCGUCCAAUUCCGACCUCUCGAUCACUGUUCCUUAUGCAGACGACAGGCCGGUAGCCGUGUGGUCCGGUGUGGAAUUGCCGAGCCAUCGGGAAAUCCGGCGCCCUUUGGACAGAAGACAAAGUACAAUGAUGGGUUCUUCGAGAAGGCUUUCAUGACUCUAUUCGCUCGGAAGAUGGAGAAAUUUGGGAAAGGUGGGAAGAAGAAGGGUUGGUUUGAUUAUGACUAUGAGAGCUUUGUGGAUGUGUCCAAGGGAGUAAUGCAAGGUAGGUCUCGUAUGCAGCAACAAGAAGUGGUCCGAGAGGUGCUCAUGUCUAUGCUCCCACCUGGUGCUCCUGCUCAGUUUAGAAAAUUAUUUCCACCAACAAGAUGGGCUGCAGAGUUUAAUGCUGCACUAACAGUGCCCUUCUUCCACUGGCUAGUUGGGCCUUCUGAGGUAGUAGAAGUGGAGAUAAAUGGGGUGAAGCAAAAAAGUGGAGUACAUAUAAAGAAAUGCAGGUAUCUCGAAAACAGUGGGUGUGUGGGAAUGUGUGUGAAUAUGUGCAAAAUUCCUACUCAAGAUUUCUUCACCAAUGAAUUUGGGCUACCGCUAACUAUGAUCCCAAAUUUUGAAGAUAUGAGUUGUGAGAUGGUGUACGGUCAAGUUCCACCACCAUUCGAGGAGGAUCCGGUGGCGAAACAGCCCUGUUUUGGAGAUAUUUGUUCAAUGGCAACUCCCAGCUCUAGUGCCUGCCCUAAACUCAAUUAGACUCGUGGAAGCAGCUACAAGUGUUUAAUGUAAUACAUGAAAUCCCUCAAUACCUGCUAUACAUUUAUGCCCACUUAUUUGUUACUGUACAACAUGGUAAUCAGUGAUCUAUAUGCACAUUCCAACAACUUCAUAAGUUGGAGCAUCAAAAUUUUACCUUGCUUCAA